AUGCGAUCGUCCCAGUGCGUCAGUAGAUUAGUACGCUGGAUGUUGUUGCUGGUGCUUCAGCUGUUCGCUCAGCCCGCUAUCGGGUUGCGACCGUGCGCGUUGCGUCAGUACGCAAACGGACCGGUAUGCGUGUGCAAUGUGACGUACUGCGACACGCUGGAGUUUGUGGAACCAACCGAACCGGGGCGGUUUCUGCUCACCUCCAGCAGUAGUGCUGGGCUGCGGUUCGCGCUGAGUGAGGGAAAUUUCACACCAAACGCUCAACGCCGGCGUGUAAACGCCGGCGAUGUCGCCAUUACGCUGCACCCCGGGAAGCGUUUCCAGACGAUCGAAGGCUUCGGAGGCGCGUUCACCGGGGCUGUGUCGCAUAAUCUCGCCUCGCUGGAGGCUCCGUUGCGGGAAAACCUCUACAAAUCGUACUACUCCCGCACGGAAGGCAUCGGGUAUCGGUUCAUGCGCAUCCCGAUCGGUGGGUGCGAUUUUGACCUCGCACCGUGGGCUUACAACGAGUGGCCGGUGGAUGAUGCGUACUUGUCGAAUUUCACCGUGCUGGAUGAGCGUGAUCAGGCUAAGGUGUCGCAGAUUCAGGAGCUGGUUCGUGUCACGGGUAACGAGGACAUUCGCUUCAUCGGAGCCGCCUGGAGUCCGCCACGAUGGAUGAAAACCAACAACGACUGGACGGGGGCGAGUCGACUAAAGCCCGAGUACUACCAGACGUGGGCCGACUAUCACGUGCGGUAUCUCGAGCUGAUGCGCGCGGCUGGGCUGAACUUUUGGGCCAUCUCCACUGGCAAUGAGCCGCUGAAUGGUGUGAUCGGUUUCCUGUUCAUUCACUUCAUGAGUCUCGGCUGGACGGCCCCGGAACAGGGCCGCUGGGUGGGUAAGUUCCUGGGACCUACCCUAAGGAAGUCACCCGUCAGUGACGUGAAGCUGUUCGGUGGAGACGACCAGCGGUACACCUUCCCGUGGUGGUUCCAGCUGAUGGAUCAGGGACACCCGAAUGCCACCAGUUAUCUAGACGGGUUAGCCGUUCACUGGUACUGGGAUGGUGUGGCACCGGCUUCACUGCUGGAUCAGACCGCCGCACGAUAUCCUGACAAGUUGCUGUUCAACACGGAAGCCUCGCUGGGUGAUAAACCCCUGCAGCAACACCGGCCCAUACUGGGUUCGUGGGACCGAGCGGAAUCGUACGUGCUAUACGUGUUGCAGGACCUUCAGCACAGCGUGCACGGUUGGAUCGAUUGGAAUCUGGUGCUGGACGAACGCGGAGGUCCUAACUACGCCGAUAACUACGUCGAGAAUGCGGUCAUCGUCAAUGCCACCUCGUGGACGGAAGCGUACAAACAGCCAAUAUUCUACGGUUUGGGACACUUUUCACGCUUCGUGCUGCCCGGUUCGGUGCGGUUUGAAGCGCGAUCCUCGAGCAGUAACGUGUUGUUGGUGGCGUUCGAGCGGCCUGAUAACAGAACCGUUCUGGUGCUGUACAACAAGGCGACAUCACCAACGACGGUGCGCGUGGAAGACAAACGGUACGGGAGUGUCCGAGUGCGACUUCCUGCUAGGUCAGUGCAUACGAUGCUGUACCUGUGAGAAGGGAACCAGCUGCAGUAAGCUGAAGACUGAUGAAACGAGGUGACGAAGCCUAGGAUGAGCAUCUUCAAAAUCGGCUCGUAAACUAGUCGUAUCUAUCUACCGCAUAGUU